CUAAGAGUAGGCUGUUAAAAAAUUCGAAUGUCGAAACGGAAUUUAACAAACUGAAUACAUUGUGCAUCGCGAAAACGUAACUAAGCCGGAGAUGGUGAGCGCGAGAGCGAUUGUGGCUAGUGGUGUGCUGAACAUCCUGGGCAUAUCCUUUUUCGUGGCCCAGCCAAAGGAUCAAUGCUCGCCAGCUCCGCCCGUUGGACAGUACAUCUGCCUACUGGCCAUACUGCUGCUGUUUUGGGACUCAGACAUGAUUCCCAAGAAAUUGAAACCGUUUUCACCAAGGAUUUUUGCCUGCGGAGAUCUUGCACUCACGAUCUUCUUCACCGAACUAAUCCUGCUGGUGGGAUGGUGUGGCCUCGAGAGGAUGACCUACCGCACUGUCUACUUUGUGUGCCGCGGUAGAUCUGGUUGCAAUUACGCACUGAUGACGUUGUGCACCAUCUUAAGUGGCGUGGCAUCACUGUUUAUUGUGCUUGCGGUGAUCACUCACCGCAAGAUUAAGGACAUUGCCGGACCAGUGUUCGAUUUCAUUCAUGUUGUGCGCACCUUUGUGUGGGGCGCCAUUUACUUUUGCCAAUUGACUCGGCAGGAGCGUAUGCUAUCAGUACACGCAUUCGAGGCUCAAUUGCGCUACAGGACUCGACGGGACAUACAACCAGGUGAACCUACUGUUGGUGUCCAGGAUUCCGAGAAUCAAAUGGACGACGGAAAAUCGGCACCAGAACCGGAAAUCGUUCAGGAGUUGUCCCCGUAAAUUGUUUAUUAUUUA